CAGUUCCUUUCACUUAACGAACACGUUGUCUGUGGGAAACCAUUAUUUCUCGAUAAGUACGAAAGGUGGAAUAAUGUCUGAACUUCCCGAAGGCGUUCUCUUCUGUAUGGGGAAUCCUCUCCUGGACAUCAGCGCCGAGGUGGAUAAAUCAUUUUUGGAAAGGUUCGGACUCAAGGCAAACGAUGCAAUUCUGGCCGAAGAGAAGCAUGUUCCCAUGUACAGGGAAUUGCAAGGCAAGACAGACGUAGACUACGUUGCCGGUGGAGCUACUCAGAACACCUGCAGGGUUUUCCAAUGGGUCGUCCGCCAGAGGGAUCGUUGUGUUUACAUGGGCUGCAUCGGGAAGGAUGAGUUUGGGAAUAUCCUGGCGGAGAAAGCUCGUGAAGCCGGCGUCAACGUCCGCUACCAGAUCAAUGAGACUACUCCUACCGGAACUUGUGCCGUUCUGUUGACCGACGGUGGAACUCAUCGAUCGCUAUGCGCCAAUUUGGCUGCCGCGAAUUGUUUCACUUUAGAUCAUCUCCUCAAAGAGGACAAUUUGAAGCUCAUGGAAAACGCUCAGUAUUACUAUAUAUCUGGAUUCUUCUUGACAGUGAGCGUGGACUCUAUGCUUCAUGUUGGGAAACACGCCACCGCCAAGGGCAAGCCGUUCUGCAUGAAUCUGUCUGCACCGUUCCUUUGUGGAGUAUUCUCGACGCAGAUGAUGUCGGUGAUGCCCUACGUCGACAUACUUUUCGGCAACGAGAGCGAGGCGGCGGAGCUAGCGAAAGCCCAGGGUUGGCCUAGCGACUGCACGAAGGAAAUUGCCAAGCGUGCAGAGAAGCUGCCCAAGGAAUCCGGAUCCCGGUUGGUUGUCUUCACGCAGGGUUGCGAUCCUGUCAUUGUUAUACAGAACGGUGCGGUAACGGAGUACCCUGUCGAAAGAAUUCCCAAGGAGGACAUCAUAGAUACCAACGGAGCCGGAGAUUCCUUCGUGGGAGGCUUCCUGGCUGGAUACGUCCAGGUUCAAAAAACCAUCGCCGAGUGCGUGGCUCUCGGGGUCAAGUGCGCAAGUAUGAUGAUCCGACAAUCGGGAUGCUCAUUGCCAGACCGCAAAUCAUACGAAAACGCUCUUGGCUUCUGAGAGCUCAUCCUGUGAGUGUCUGACGGGAAAAGGGAUCGAUGCGAAUUUUGUAAGCUUCUGACUCCGCAUUCUCGAAGCGUCAGCACAUCGGGACCCAGAAACUUGCACAAGGAGACUGCAUCUGUUUUACUUACCACCGGCACGGCUGUUGCUCAAAUCGCUUCGAUUCGGGAUUGGUUGGGUGUUAUUCGUCACCUUGCCCUAGCGGGAGUAUUCGACGGGUCGGAGGAGAGAUAUAAAGAAAGUUUUCUACGAUAAUA